CGCUUCUUCAACACUACGUGAUUAUUUCAAAAAGCUCGAAGCCAAGAGAGACGAGCCAUCGUCCGUCUCCCUUCCUUCUUCUCUUUCCCCUCUCUUCCACGAUGCGCGGGAGCCCUCCAAAACGAAAGGGACGAAAUCCGCUCUCGCUACCUACUGUCGGCCUCGUAGGGGUAGGUCGCUUUGCGUGCAACCUCGUUUACCUUCUUAAACGCGCGGAACAACCGGUAUAUUUAAACGAAACCCUUCCACGCGAAUUUAUCCUUCCAUCGCGCGUUCGAUGCGAUCGGAUACGUCUGCGAACAAAUCGAAAUCGAUCCGAAUCGGGGAAAUCGGGUAUAAUCGGAAAUGCAAUUUGAAUACGAGAAUAGAGAAUUUGACCCGUUCCACGACCGUUCGUACAGAUAAUCGAAUUACCCCAAUUCUAUCGAUCAUCGGCCGCCAAGCCGAAUCUUUGUGCAACGCGAAUACGUAUCAUUUCCCCAAACGAAAUAUUCCGAUCUCGAUUGCGCCUCCUCCUUCCGCGCCUCCUUUCCUGGCGUCUCGAGAAAUUCUUUCUGGCGAGGCUCGGCGGUAAAUCAAGCUCGCUGGUUUAAAUUGAAAUUUCGCCCCGCGAUACGGGAGGACGGAGCAAAUAUCGUUGCGACGAUGCCGCGACGGAGAAAAUAAUUUACGUUCCACGCCUCGGUUCGACCACGCCGCGGAUAAGUCGGCGCGAAUUCCAUGGUAACCGAAGGGAGAGAGAGGAAGGAGGAAGGAAGGAGGAGGAGGGGGAAGGGAGCUCGUCGGGAGCUCGGCCGAAUCUCGAGGCACGUGUGUGAGAAACGGGCUCGGCCGUGUUACGGGUGGAGGGGAUUAUUCAUUAGAUAAACGGCCACUGUUCGAAAGUCGUCGUCGCGUUAAUCGCCGCGUCCACACACGCUCUAUGGAUCUCUCUCUCUCUCUCUCUCUUCCUGCAGCCAGUGUCAAUGCGACACCGUGUGUCAAACGUUACCGCACCGGGUUGACCUUAAAUUAGACGCGCGAGAGCCAUUUGCGAGUUCCCCUUUCGAUUCCUCGAAACUUUUAACCGUCAACCGUGUCCGGUUGCGAACGAACGAAAUUUCUUUAAUCGGUGGUUGACCGAACCCUCCCAUAUUUCAAGCCAAACUCUUUAUCCUUAGACUCGAACCAAGUCCAGGAAGAACGGACUUCUUUAAAUAUACGGCAUAGCGUUUAAUUCUUCUUCUGGCUUCCCUCUCCUCCCGCCCCAUUUUUUCUCCUCUUUUUUCUUCAUUUUAACGAAUCGUGAAAGAAAAAUGAAAAAUCUCGAGCCGGGAGGGGUGUGCGAUCGAGCGAACGCGAAAAGUCACGCCCCCUUUAAUUACUGGAGCUCGCGGCGCGAAAAAGGAGGAAAAGCGGUGGAAAGGAGAGAAGGGAAAAGGAAAAAAAUAAAAAUAAAAUAAAGCUAGAGAAACUGGAGUGGCGCAACGCGAAGUCGGAUCCUCGAUUUCAUUAAGAGCGGGGCGAAAACGGGUCGGAAAAUAUUUUUCCCCGGCAACGCGCUUAAUUACUCGUUCCCCGUGUCCGCGGGGGUCUUUGAGCCUCGAGUAACGAUACUCUCUCUCCCUCGUCUCCCGUGUCGCGUGGUCUCACAAUGUAGCCUCGAGUGAGAAAUUGUCGCGCAAAACUGGCGGCGUGACACGUUUCCCCCCUCCCUGAAAACUUUUCUUGCCCAUUUGUCGGCGCGGUUCAACGAGUUCCGAUUGGCGGCGGCGAGUAACGACGAGCCAGUUUCGCAGCGCGGCGAAGUUCGGGGCCAGCGCGCGCGCGCGCGCGCCUUUCAGACGACGACCUGCUGCUGCUGCUGCUGCUGCCGCUCGGGAAACUCGCUUAAACGAAUUACAAUCCGCUCGAAAGCGAUAAGCUCUAAGAGGCGGACGUUCGUCUCUCGGGAUAAAUUGCUCUCGACUCGGGCAAAUUCGGUUGGGGCAAAUGAAAAUCGUAGGUAGAAAAUGGACGGAUGUGUCGGUAGGUAAACUGAAAACGAGAGAGGAAUGACGAAUCGUUCGAGAGACGAAUUUAAGACUCCUGUUGUCGGAGUUGACUCGCGAUCGAGAAGUUCGAGCACCCUCGAGGGAUGGAAUGACGGGGAAAUUAGAAAAAUCGUUUUAUCGACGAUGGCGGGCUAACCAGAGCUUCUGGCCAGGAUUGCCGGUUGCGCUGCCGUCACCGGCUUCACCGUCCGCGGUAAUCGUUUCACCGGAAACGCUGUCUAGACACAGCAGCAGCUCACCCUCCCGCGCUCACCGGCCACCCCAGUUCGCCUUGGCUCUACCAUGCUCCUCGCAACCGAUCUCGGCGGUCUGCUAUCCGGCGCCUACCUUCCUCGACGUCUCCGAGGACCGCAAGUGGAAGAAGCUCGGAUGCGACGCCCUUGCGUCGACUUUUAGCGCUCUCUACGGGAAGCUGUUGGUCGUAAUGGGAAUCGCCUUUCCCAUGGCCGAAGUAAUAUCCACCUACAUACCGCCGUCGUUCUACGAAGGGUUCUACCUUUACCUCUACUUCGGCAGCAUGAUCUUCCUCGUCUACAUGUACGCCACGUUGCUCCGCGAUGGCAAACCGAAGUCAAAAGAGAAACGAAAGGACGUGUGCGACCUGGACUCGUCGCGCUCGUCGAGCGGCGCCGGUGGCGACAGCGACGCCGCGGACACCACGUGCCCCCACGUGACUACCGUCAGACCGGCCCAACACUACGGCAGCUUUUAUCUGAGGAUGGGCGCCGUUGCGUUCGGGAUCGGUUCCAUGAUCUACUCGGGCCUCGAGUUCGGCCAGUACUUCGAGCUCGAGCAGAACACCAAGUGCCACAACAUCAUGCUCGCCCUCACGCCGGCCACCAGGAUGGCGUUCAUCUUCAUACAGAUGUAUUUUAUAUUUCUCAACAACGAGCAAAUGAAAGUUUAUCGUCAUCGGGUGGUGGCGCGCUUUGGACUGAUGCACAUGAUCGGGACGAAUCUGUCGGUCUGGUUGAGCGUCCUUGUACAGGAAACGAAACACGAGAUUUUGACGUUCUACAACCCGGAGAACAACUCGUUAAGGAUCUCCCACAGAUUAGGCGCGAAGAGCAAUCUCGCGGUGCACAACCACUACCACCACGGGGAACAACACCUGAGGCUUCCAAGGGGGCUUAAAGGGCCCCAUCACAUGUUCGAGUGUCGAAGAACGAACAUAAUGGGAUCGUUAGUCCAGGACGCCAGCCCGUUCCUCUUCCCUUGCACGAUCGAGUACAGCUUGAUCUGCGCCGCGAUCCUCUACGUGAUGUGGAAGAACAUAUCCAAGGCUGCCUUCUCCCAGCCCAAGACUCCGCCCGGGUCCCGCCAUCACGCGCACGCUUACAGGAAAUCGCCCCACCAUUACAGCGUGGACUGCGCCCGCGCCCACAAGGGCCUGUUCGUCGGCAUCUUGAUCCUGGUGCUGACGAUCAUCUCCCUGAUCCUGUUCUUCGUCCUGAUAUCGCGUCCAGAAUUGGUCAGCUUCGCCGUGACCGAGGUGAACGUGUGCGAAUUGACCCUGUACGGGAUGUCGACGAUGGCAACGCUGAUAGGGAUGUUCCAGAUGAGGAAGCUGCGCUACGACGGGAACAGGAACUUGGAAUUGGACAACAUUCUGUUGGUCGCUGCCCAGACGGGGAUGUUCAUCUACUCGACGUUCACGAUAAUCGGCGCCCAAUUCACCCUUGCCAAGCACACGGUGCUGGUGCUGGUGACGGCCCUCGCGAGCGUCGUGCAGACAACCUUCCAGACCAUCUUCAUUCUGGACGCGUCGAGGCGAUCCGUGGCAACCGCGAAGCAGAUCAGAAGGAAGCCGGGAAGGGAGAUCGUCACGUUCCUCCUUGUCACGAAUCUGGCCAUGUGGGCCAUCAACACCCUGGAGAAGUCGAGGGCCGAGUCGCAUCCGGUCCAGCUGCACUUCUACGGGCUCUGGGCGUGGACGAUCAUCACCCACGUCUCGAUGCCGUUGGCGAUAUUCUACAGGUUCCACAGCACCGUCUGCUUGUGCGAGGUCUGGAAAAGAGCGUACAAGGUGAAACCUACCUACAUGUGACGUAAGGGGUCCCGUGAGGUCGUGUGCAAGACAGCGGCUCCUCAACGACCGAAAACCCUGCCGGCCAGGCUGGACGCCAUCGCGGAAAACGAUCCGAUUUACUUUAUGUAACAGAGAGAGAGAGAGAGGGAGAUGCGAGAUUCUCUUCUUUCGCCUCUCUUCUUCGUUGCUCGAGGCUCUCAGAGCUCCUCAAACUGCGAAUAUAUAUAUAUAUAUCGAGUAUAUCGUUCACCAGGCGUUGUUCUAUAGAUAUCGAUUUGUGCGACGAGCGAUGCACGAGCGAUGGACGAGCCUCGAGUUUGAGAAGGAAUGGCAGUUUGUUUAUUAUUAUUAUUUCUUUUUGGAUCGUCGAGAAGUUGCGUUUAUUUAUAUUAUCGUUUAGAUAAUAAUUGUAUAAGGUUUUAUAUCGAAUCGUCCUCGCGUCUAUGAAGAGAAGAAAAGAUCCCAAUGCGCGAUGUACAUACACACACACACACACACACAAACACGCACACGCAUACACACCACACCGUUUUUUCGCCGCAACGAGGUGGAAACUCUUCGAAGAAAUCUUUUAAGAGGAACAAAUAAGAAGUUAGAGUAGGGGAGAGGAAGGUGGCACGAUUAACGACGCACAAUUUUUACCGGGAUUUAGAUAACGUAGACGAUUAGCCGAGUAGUUCGAAUCGUCGAAGCAACGGUUGUUCCUUCGAUAUUCUCGGGAACAAUAAAAAUUUUUGUUCGAUACGUAAGCGUUAAGACGAUUUUCUAUAUCUGAUCGAAAAUAGCGAGUGAGAGGGAGAAAGAGAAAGAGAAAGAGAGAAAGAGAGAAAGAGAGAAACAGAGAGCGAGAGAGAGUGAAAAAGUAUGCGUGUACAAAGAAAGAGUGUGAAGAGAAAGGGAUGUCUUUCCUUUUCUCUCUUUCUUUCUUUCUUCCUUUCUUUCUUUCUUUCGUUGAUCGUAAAAGUUUGUAAGACUGAAAUCCUUAAGCAACCUUAACGACGAUGGUUAACCUUAAGGAUGAUGAUGAUGAUGAUGAUGAUGAUGAUAGAAGAACGAUUCCGUUUCUGAUGCGCAAGUCGACCGAAGAAUCCGUGUUAAUUUAACAAAGAGAGAGAGAGAGAGAGAGAAAGAGAGAGAGAGAGAGAGAGAAAGAAACCCCUGAUCGAUCUGUCCUUCGAUUAGUUUACUCGGAUAUACUCUCACGGACUCAUCCGUCUUCCACGUAGUACAAAGUUGUACAACUUAACGAGUAAAAAAGAAAUAAUAAUAAUAAUAAUAAUAAUAAUAAUAAUAAUAGUAAUAAUAAUAAUAAUAAUAAUGGUAAUAAUAAUGUCUCUCGUUGUCCAAAAGUAAAUAAUUUCAGAAAAGAGAGAUUGAAAAGAAAAGAAAAGGAAAAAAAAAAGAGGAAUCGAGAGAAACGGAUUGAACCAGAAUAGCGUAAAGUCCAAUACUUAUUCGUCGGCUCGAAUAAAUUUUUAUAUCGUUAUUACGUAGACGUUCUCUCGACGUCGUUAAAAUCUCUCAAUUGAAUACUUGGCGAGGAUAAAAAGUGGAUUGGAAGAAAUAAUUCUCGCGAAAAUCCAAUACGAUAACCGUGUUGCAAACGUGCAACGUCUGUUUCUCGCGAUUUCACGUGGCAACGUCUCGCUCGAUCGAUCGAUCGUUCGCGUUUCGAGGAAAAGGAAGCCUCCACUGCACGGUCGAGCGUGCAACCGCCUAACGGCUACCCUAUACUCCACAAAUCCACUCGAGUUUACAUAGAAAUUACAAGAAGGUUUUCGAAGGUUUCGCGCUCGCCAGACGUUGCACGUUGGUCACGAAUCUGAAUUCGAAAUAUCGAUCGUAGUCGACGAUGAGAAAAAGAGGAGGGGGAGAUUUUAAAGGAUAGAACCGAGUCGACGCUUCGUGCGUUGUUUCCAAUCUUUCCUUUUUCUUAAAAGGAAAAAAAAAAAAGAACCAAAGAUGAAUAGAUUUAGGUUCGUCGGAACAAACGGGAAUGGAAAUAACGCAAUAGCGUCGUCCUGUAGAGAUUCCAAAUAUAAUCGAGGAGAUGAUAAACUGAUUAAAAGAGUAAAGAAAAAAAGAAACGAAAAUCUAGAAAGAUAAACGUUCGAAGAAGAAGGAACAGAGUACAAUGGCGAUAUCAUAUCAUUAAGCCUUAAUCCGUCGAGCGUGCUGUCCAAACUCGGAAUACGAUUAAAGAGGAAGAACGAGAGAAGAAGAGAAAGAGUAAAGAGAAAAAAAGGAUACGAAGGGAGAUCAAAGAGAUCGGGCGAUCGACACCGUAAUAUUCUCUCGAGAGUGUGUAACAAGCCGAGCGCGUUCGAUCAAUCGAAUCCGUUCGGCAAACUGUCGUUUAAGCAUGUGGAAGACAUCGAACGAGGAUCUAAACGAUCCGUGGAGAGCGUGAAAUCGAAUCGAAUCGCAUCUAAUCGAUCGGCGCGGUGUGCGAUACUAUUGUUCUGCGAGUGUACGGGUAUGCGAAUGUACGUACGAUUGUUUUUCUCUGCGUGUUGCGUGCGGCGAAUACGUGUCCUCUUGGGAACAACUCGGCCAAGAAUGGUCGAGAGAGAGAAAGAGAGAGAGAGAGAGAGAGAGAGAAAGAGAGAGAGAGAGAGAGAGAGAGAGAGAGAGAAAGGAAAAAGGGAAACGGAAGAGCGUCGAUGGCGCAAAAGGUUCGGUAGCGACAUUUUUUUGUUUCUAGUUAAACGCGUGUUUCUCGCGAUAGGCGCUUUUUAUUUUUCUUCGUCGACGUAACGAUCACGUUCGCGACGAUAUUAUCAAUGGAAAUUCAAAGUUUGCAUAGUUGAACCGGUUGAUUCUUUUGUAAAUUCUACUGUGUGAGGCGGAGGUUGUACAUAGGCGGGGUCAAGGAGGAAAGGGAAACCGUAAGAAGGAUAAGUGUGAAGGGAAAAAAGGGAAAAAAGAAAAAAAAAAAAAAAAGAAAAUGGAUCCUCUCGAUGUUUAGAGCUAGUUGUGUCGACAUGUUUCUUCCUAUAUUAUAUAUAAUAUAUACACAUAUAUAUACAAAUAUAAAUAUAUUUAUUAUUGCGUUGUUCUAUUAUAAUAUUUAUUGUAUUAUCAGAUAUAGGAUUUACGCGCGACACGUUACGUUUAUUGAUCGGGGCUCGUGUCGAGAUUCAUCAUUCCACCGCGUUUUUCUUCCUCUUCUAACACUAUAACUUCUCUUUUCUCACUUCUUCUUCUUCUUGCCAUUAAUCGAACGAUUGAAAAGUAGCUGUUUUCCAUUUCCCGCUCGCAACCCUCGUUUUAACAUCGCGAUCAAACGGCGAUCUCGGCACGAGUUUUAACCGAAAUCGAGGCGAAACACGAAACGAAAAAAAAAAAAAGAAAAAAAAAGAAAAAAAAAGAAGAAAAAAAGAAACAAAACGAAGAUAAGUCACGAUGUGCGCAAUUCGAGCAAGGGUGAACGGGGUAAACGACGAAUAUACCCUUCUAUGUCACGUCUCUAAACUGUACUUUUUCUAUGUCCGCAUACUCUAGUUCCUACGCAAUGUUUGUACUCUUAUACCCUUUGUACUAUUUGUACCUUACGAAUUGCAAUACACUCGUCCGCAAUAAUAA